AAACACGUUUGAUGACAGGUCAGCCCUACCUUUCUGGCAUUCUGUGUAAAUUAACAAAGUAGUAGGUACAUAAUUCUGUAGUUGCAAACAUUUGUAAACAAGUAAUUUCUUAUUGAUUUAUGUGAUCUGUAAUUCACUGUUGUAACGAAAACAUUAAUAUCCAUCAUCCUCGCGUCUGUGGACAAAACUCUUAUCAUCUGCUGAAGAAAACCCACGAAGAAGGUGGCACCUGUUCCUUCUGGUUCAGGAAGCUUUACCCCACGGGCUUUAUGUUCUCUUUGUUAUUAUUGCACUUGAUGGAUCAGGAUGGCUCGUGGACAACAAAAGAUCCAGUCCCAGGCCAAGGCUGCUGAGAAGCAGUCAAAAUUGAAGAAGCAACAGGGUCACAGCGCAACAGACCAGAAGAAAGCUGCACAAAAAGCACUAGUCCAUGUUUGUGCAGUCUGCAAGGCGCAAAUGCCAGACCCAAAGACUUACAAGCAGCAUUUUGAAAACAAACAUCCGAAGAAUGAUCUGCCUGAAGACUUAAAAGCUAUCUAACAUUAUGUUCUUUUUUAUUUAGUCUUAUUAUACUCUUAUUUAAAUCUUAGUUCAGGAAAUCCACAUUAUAAACUGAGACAAUAACACCACAUUACUGCACAAAAGCUAGGGCUGGACGCAACUGUUAGCUUUUAUGGGAAAUCGUAUCACGACUGAAGAGUAGGUGUAACCCACACCUGCUCAUCACCGUUGUAAAGAAUAGAUGAAUGAUGUUAGUUUAUAAGGUGGAUUACUGACAAAAAAAAACUGUAAUAAAAAUAAAGCAAUUGCGUAA